CGCGUCAACGCAAUCACGCAGUGUAUGUAGCCCUGCCCCUUCCUCUUGUUUUGUAAACGACAAGUUAAAGUCUUUCUGCUGACCAUCGUCCGCGGCGUUUCCCCAGUUCACACUUGUCUUCUGACCCAGAGCUGCAGAUAUGACAGCCAAACGAGGCCUCAUUACGGACACAUUUAAGGUAGUGAAGAAACCAAGAAGGGAUGACAGAAGAGACAAGAAACAACCUUCACCCGCUGCAGAUCCAGAACCUCCUCGCCCGACUGAAAGAGAGACAGAGCUGCAGGAGCUGAGAAAGUUUGACUUGGACUGGCGUUUUGGGCCAUGCACAGGGAUCAGUCGUUUGCAGAGGUGGGAGAGAGCAGCACUGCAUGGGCUGGACCCCCCACAGGAGAUUAAAGACAUACUGCUGAAAGACAACAUGGACCCAGAGUAUACUCAUUGCCUCUGGCGUGACUACCCCUUGUGAGGAAAGAGUGACACUGUUUGAGAAGAGACAGGAUUGUGAGAACGAAUGAUUAUCAUGUUUGUUUGUUGCUGUUAAUCCAAGUUUUGAGCUUCCUGUUUUUUUUUACACUACAUUUUUAGUAAAACCCCUUUAACAAAA